GGACGGCGAGUGAAAGCUAACAUUUUAACGAGCUGGAGCUGAUUUUAACGAACCAUCAACAACUUUACAAGCUAACUUAGCUUAUGUAUCUCACCGGGUUUUAAAAGAACCUACACUUUGUGACAAGUCGUUUGUCCGUAGACACUACAUUUCCCACAAUUCAGCUAAGUUACCGAAGUUAACGUACGCGCCUUCUGCGGGAAAAGUCUUUGUAGGCAGUCGAUUGUCCACAACAACUACAUUUCCAGCAAUUCAUCUAAGUCGUAUAACGUAGCAUACGUGCUUUCUGUGAUGGAAAAAAAAAAUCUAACAGCUGAACACGAGUUAACUACAUUUCCCAUAAUCCCCCUGAGCUACUCAGCGUAGGUUACGCACGUUCUAGAACCUUGACGAGUCUUCUGGCGCGACUCGCGUUUCAGAAUAGCUAGCUAACGUCAGCUCAGCCCAGCCUACCUCCAGGGCAGUUCACACCACAGGAACAGAGCAUUUGGGGGCUAUUUCUGCUCAACUGUUGUAUCAUAAUAUUAAAUUAGUCGGACUUGGGCCUGCAGAGACUGUCUUAGUGCGGUAAUAGGAUUAUCCCACGGGACAAUAAUGUAAACUGAGCGGAGGCAAGCUAGCAAAACAGCGACCAGCAACAAAAACAGCAAGGGGCAGAGUAGCUGCACAGGUCGGUCUUUAACGCUGUGUAUUUCUGCUUAACUUAUGCAAAGUUGUUAUUCUGUGCAGGGAUGAAACUGUCAUUGUGUGUUACAGUGUCACGGAGUAACAGACAGUUUGAUCCAUAACAUCAUACAAACAAAGUCAUGUAACUAUGGCGUUGUAGCUAGCUACAUAACAACCAGCUGACCCCGUGCAAACAGAUUUAUAACUUGUGCGUCAUGUAGGUUCCAGAAAGUGUCUAUAUUAGCUCAUCUGACUGGUAUCAAUACUGAUCUCCCAGAUCAGAUCCGUUUAUAGUUACCUACCCGCGUGUCUGUUGAAACCAUUUCAUCGACUGGACCACCAUGCAUCACUCUGCUCCCUCAAGCAGUGAACUGAGGUUUCUGCCAGCCAUGUAUUCAUUUUCAGGCCCCACCAGCCUUCCUGAAUUUGAUCUGGGAUCUCCUAGUACGUCUGGACACCUACAGAGAGCAAGAGUCUCCAACAGCUGGGAGACACGAUGCCUUAGGAAACACAGGAGGAGAACAGAUGAUGAGGGAUGCAGUGCCAAAAAGAGGAGGCUAAUGUUUGAGGCAGAAGUGGAAAUUUCAGAGAACUCAAGCUCUGGCGCUCAUUGCGACUGGCCUCCAGCAAACAGCUGUCCUCCUCUGUCCACACAACCAGCCAGUCCUGCACUUCCACAGCCCUGCCCAGCCCCUCAGCCCUCCACUGCCCUGACCCGACCUGAAACAGAGAGCUCCUGCAUGGAGGUAGAGGCAGCUCAGAGGAAACUUCAGGAGAUCGAAGACAGAAUAACACUGGAGGACGAUGACGAGGAUGAAGAUCUGGAUGUAGAGCCAGCUCAGAGACGGCCGGUGCUGGUGCUCUCUGACAGUUUGAAGGAGGGUCUACAGCGCGGCAUCAGUGACAUCCUCCCCCACACAGUAGCCCAGUCUGUGAGCCACUCCUGCAUGGAGUUGGUUCUUUGGAGGCCACCGGAUGAUCCUUUCUGUCGGAGGCUGAAGGGCUCAUUGCAAAAACAGCGUAAACAACAGACAGUGUCUCGUCAACCUCCUACUCCGUGUCCAUCUCCCAUCCCUCACAGUGCCCUCAGCCCCUCUAGUCCACCUGCAGACACACACUCUCCUCUGUACAGUUUUCCUGUGGCCCACAGCUUUGGCGAGGAGGACAUGGAAAUGUAGUAGUGCUUAUUCACAUUAAAAGCCAUGCCAAAGUAGAAGGCUGGACAUAUUGUCGCACAAAAGACUGAAGGACUCAUUUCAAGCCGGUCAGUUUGACAAAGGCAGUUGCCUUUAUAUGAACGUUGUGCUGUUUUGAACAGUUUGUACAACGCAUCAUUUGCUUCACAGUCAUUCAGUUUGUUUCCUGAUUUCAAUCCCAGGUAACUACACAUGACAUGUAAUAACUGACCUAAUUUAACAGUUGCAUCAAUGUUCAUUUUAAGGUCUGUAGACAGUCAGCCUUAUAUAACCUGUUUUAUACAACUUACAGGAUUAACCUUUGCCCUUAGAAAUCAUUUGUACAUAAUUUUGCCAAAGCCUUGCUGAUGACACACUGAUGCAUUGUAAAUCUGGCUUUGUUCUUUCCUAAACAUCGUUGUGCAGCACAUAAAUUUCCAUGUGCAGCUUCUGGGCAUUAUUGACAGAGCACUAAAGUUGUUCUCAAGUGCUCAAAGGAUGACUUCCUGCUUGCAGUCAUACUUGAGGUGGAAAGAUCAUCUUCCUCUAGUGCUUAGCAAAUGUGCCAUCUUUGAGGUUUGAGGAAUUUGUAAGGAAGUCAUGGCAAUGCACAUUUGUAUGAUAUGAUAUUAAUAUGUACAUAACCAGAAUUGCAACAAGCCAUUGCGUGUUAUUACUUUAUAUUUGUUUUUUAAUAAACGUACAUUCUUCAUGUAGAA